AUGUCGCCCGAGGCCAAGGUUUUCACUCUUGAAGAAGUCAGAAAACAUAAUAGAGCGGACGAUCUUUGGGUCAUAAUACAUGACAAAGUAUAUGACCUGACGAAAUUCGCGUCUGAGCAUCCAGGGGGUGAGGUCGUGUUAGAAGAACAAGCAGGUAACUAUGCUACCGAGCCAUUCGAAGAUGUUGGACACUCAUCAGAUGCUCGUGAAAUCAUGGAGCAGUAUUACAUAGGCGAUAUAGCACCUGCAGAUCGUGAACGUAAAAGCAAAUUUACUUCGUCUUUCACUAUGAAGAAGUCAGACAGUUUUAGCAUUACUGCUUGGACUGGAUUACUUAUUCCGGUUGGUGUGUUGGUAGCAGCAAUCAUUGUGUAUAAAUUUUUGAUGUGA